AUAUUUUUGGAUUUAAAGUGAUGGGGAAGCCUUGCGCUCCGAGGAGCCUGCGUUACGCACAAGACUGAUGGACGCAUCUCUCCUAAUGUGCGCCAAUAAACACCUCAACCCCUCCAUUCCUGUCAUGCUGUCAGAGCAGAGAGCAGUGAUGUUAGAUGAUAGUGCGUGUUGGAGAGGAUAGGAGGGGAGAGGACAGCAGGGUGGGGUGGACACAGACGGAGUAGCCUAGAUGGUAUGGCAUCAUGUACUAAAGUGGCACUCCAAGAUCCAGCUCUUUUUGGACAGAAAUGUUUUUAUCUAUUUUAAGUAUAGACUCCUCACUGACGAGAUUAUUCUGUGUAAGUGUAGCCAACGUGAGCUGCUGAUAUUAUGAAUGAAGGAAAUGAGAACGUUUGUUUGAACAUGUCACUGAUGGAGGGGGACUGCUUCAGCAACCUGGAGGACAUCGACGUGACAGCUGACGGGAGCCCGGUUCUGAGGUUCCUCAUCUGCCUUGUUUAUUCUGUUGUAUGCGCUGCGGGUCUGAUGGGCAACCUGCUGGUCAUCUUCUUCAUCAGGGUCAAACAAGAGAGGAAGAAGUCCACAGUGAACUUCUUCGUGCUCAACUUGGCAGUGACGGACCUGCAGUUCGUGCUCACUCUGCCCUUCUGGGCCGUGGACACCGUGCUGGACUUCAGCUGGCCGUUUGGAGACGCCAUGUGCAAAAUCAUCCUCUCGGUCACCGUGAUGAACAUGUACGCCAGCGUGUUUUUUCUCACUGCCAUGAGUGUGACCCGCUACUGCUCAGUCGUCUCGGCUCUAAACAACAGAACCAGGCAGAAGUCCUGUCCCGCCGAAUGGACCUGCGCAAUCAUUUGGACACUGGCGACUCUGGCGACUGCGCCCACGUCCAUUUUCUCCACUGUCAGCAACGUAACUGGAGAAAAACUCUGUUUGCUGAGGUUUCCUGGUGGUCAGUACUGGUUAGCAGUUUAUCACAUACAGAAGAUACUUGUUGGCUUUGUGUUCCCAAUGUCCAUCGUGUCCAUCAGCUACAUAAUGCUGCUGCGUUUCGUUCGCAAUCGGAGUAUGAAAACAAGCAACCCCAAACGGAGAUGCCAAGUUACAAAAUCUAUCACCAUCGUCGUGUUGUCCUUCUUCCUGUGCUGGAUGCCGAACCAUGCCAUCACCUUGUGGAGCGUGCUGGUCAAACUGAACGUUGCAAACUGGGACAAAGCCUAUUACAUAGUCCACACAUAUGUGUUCCCUCUGACCGUCUGUCUGGCUCACACCAACAGCUGCCUGAACCCGAUUAUUUACUGCCUCAUGAGGAAGGAGUUCAGGAACAAACUGAGAAGUCUGAUACACAGAGGAUAAUUGUUUCGGAACUUUGAGAAUUAAGUGAUGACAAAAAGGAACCGAGUGCGCAUGGCCCUGGAGAGAGAGAACAGACCUGUCACAAAGCACAAUGAGAACAAGCACCAUCAUGUCAAGAUUAUUUACUCCAUUCUGCUCAUUGAAAAGUGGGACUUGCAUCAGCGCUUCUUGUCUUUGAGGGCUUGCGUAAUGUGGCUAAUUCCAGUAGAGAAACAGCUGUAGCAGGUUUUGGGCUUUACGCGUAAUUGCUAAUUUUGUGUAGAAGAGAGUUAUAUUAUAUAUAGAGAAGAAUAUUACAAUGAUGUCCACCGUGGCAUUGCGUGUUAAAUAACCAUUAGGUGCGGUGUGUAUCUAUGCUACAGUAAGUGACUACGUGUGCGUAAUUGCGCAUUAGUGUGCUCGCGUUAUAACUGAACCCGUGAAAUGUUGCUGCGCGCUUUUUUCCACCCAUCUGUGAAUGUUUUUGUAACCAGUGCUUGUACAUUAGGUGUGUUUACCAGACAAUCACCACCUCCCUCCACCAUCACAGGUCAUGUGUUUAAGUUAUUGACUUCAGCCACUGAAGACAACGAAAUGUGUGAAAUAUGAUUGUUGUAUUA